GAUUUUGUAUCAAACUACCGCCCAAUUCUAUUGCAAGACGGUGCAAGCAACCACGCCAGUUUGUACGCAAAGCCGAAUAAUACCGAACACCAUCAAAACUUUUGUCUUACACAAAAUUGCUGCUCGCACGGAAAAGUAGUAGCGCAAACAUUUCGAUAGUAUAAACUACUUUGUCUGAAACAAUUUUUGCUGCGUCAUUCGUUCACAGCGUACUAUCAGGUGACACGCUUUGGGAACGGUUUGAUUUCUAGACGCCACAAUUUUCAUCAACCACUUGCGGCAAUUUUUCGGUUGUACACCUUCGAAUUUUGUAAUUUUUCAAUUUUCUACCCACUCUGCAUUUGCUAACUGUAAUCACUACUUUCUCGGUAUUAUUACUACCUGCAUUGACUGCAUUCACGGGUUCUUUCGUCCUAUACAACAUUUACAAAUUUUGCAUCGAUUUACAACAGCACACUACUGAUAAUUUUGUAUCGAUCUGUUUUCAUCAUCGGAACACUGACCUGAUUUUGUAUUUUUCGUAAAUCAAUACCCCGGGAUCUUAAAUCAGCACUAUUUUGUGUACCACUUCAAAUCCGAGCAACCACCAGCGAUAUACUUCUAAAUUGCGGUGUUGGCUAUAGAGGUGGACGUAAAUUUUGUAUUGCAACACAAUAACGACCUAAAUUCAUUUCUCUUCAAUCCUGUACAGAUCGCAUCAAAAGCGGAGUAAAUUCUGCAGCAGCGAGUAUAAUUUUGCAUCAACUUUUUGACCGCGCAUCGAUCUGAGUAAAAAACCACAAAAAAAGCAAAACAAAAAUAAGUACCACGAUCGUUGUGCAAUAUCGAGGCGACAAGAACACUCAUAUAAGACUAUCGCAAAUAGAUUUAUAAGAUCAUCAUCACGUUCUAAAAACGCGGCGUAAACUUAGAAGCGAAGUACAACAGCGGCGGUCAAAAAUAUUGAAGAUCACUUCGAAAAAUAGAAGGCGCGGCUUACCGGUUGUGGUGUCAGAGAGCCAUAACUAAUGAAUUUUUACAACCUUUUGCGGAAAAAAAAUUACUUCCAGUUCACACGUACUUGAACACUAUAUUUAGGCUUUUUUGCUUAAAUUCGCAUACGGCUCGGUAGUAUUUUUGGCUCCGAUAAAGCUAUACUGUCCAAAAAUUUAGGUGGUGGCAAUAACAAUAAGGACAGUGUAUCAACAUCAUCAAUAUUGUGAUUCAUUACUUCUAUUUUUGGGAAUUUUGAUCACAUAUAAGACUACGGAAAACAACAGCCGAAAAAGCAAAAAAAUACCACUGUAGAAGUACCAGCAAACCUUCACUAUUAUUUCUAGAGAUACAGUUGAGAGAAAGUCUCGUUCUACUACUUUCUAGGUGAACCUCUGGUGAAUACCUGAAAUUUGUAAUAAGUCCAAAACUGAAGAAUAAAAACGACCUAGUAAAUCCUUGAAAUUAUUAUCCAAAGAGCUCCUCAUUGUAAGAUAGUAUACCAAAAAUUGUUGUCACGCCAUUAACUCGUUGUCGCCCAGCCCGCACGUAUAAAAAUUGUACAUGUGAAAUAUAUCCAGCGGCAAAAACAGAACUCGAUAAAUUAUUGUGAUUCCUACGCAAGAAAAACAAAAAGUAGAACCGGAGUAAAAAUAAACACGCACUCUCUUUGUGAAAGAACAGCAAACGUAAGCCACUUGUAUUUUAGUACUUUUGAAUUUGGGAACGUACUUUGACACUUUUGGAGAAAUCAGUAGCCACGUGAGCAGAGGAAGACAGCAGCUGCCACGAGGUUACUUAUCAUUUAUUCCGCCUUAGCAGCACGAUUGAAAUUAUUGUAAAACAAACCUUGCAUUUAUCUUUACCAGAAUCAACAUUUUGACCACAUCUUGUACUGUUCCAAAAAUCUUGUAUCUGUAGCUUACGACGUCUGUCUAUUUUAAAAAGUUUACCUCUCUCAACAUCAAAAACCCGGUUGUCUCAAUCUGUGUAUACUAGCGUAGAUCUAUCGAGUUUUACUCUGUACUUUUUCUGUCGAGUAUAAGUACGAGUUUAAUUGUCGUGUCAGCAAUCUGUAGUUCUACUGUAAAAAUACUGGAAAAUAUACUAUCUUAAAUACUAUGAGCUUUAUUUUCUCAACAACUAAUGUUGGGCUUUUUGUUUGACAGUAAAACUACUUCGCCUUCCUCGCAGAAAAGCAGUUCCAAUCACACACAGUAUACGAAGACUGAGCUGCUGAACGUCCGCGACGCCGUCUCUGCGAAUUCCUCACCAAAAACUACAAGCUUGGAUUACCAGCUCUUGCCCCGCGAACAGUUUGACGAGCUGGCCGCAUCCUCGGGCUUGAAUUCGCCGAGCCAGAGUCGACGCAGCAGCAAGCGAACCGCGAGCAAGGAAAGUGCCCGAUCGAAUCGUAGCCACCGCGGAGCUGGCAAAAUUCAGUCCUCGGAGCAGAGUCCCCGCCUGUCUGCCGCCGAGGGGAUCGGCUCCCCCGGUGAGCCCGGGUUUCUGCAGCGCGACCCCAGGAGCGCGUACAUCCACAAGAAGGCCAAACCGCCAAAAUCCGCGCGCGAAUCCGGACAGGUAGAUACGACAAAUCAGGUGGAAAGCUCCGACCGCCAGUAUUGAGAGGAAAAAUCCCCCCUCCCCAUAUUGAAAAGGUAUGUUUCCAAAAAUUUGCGUUGCGGAUUUGAGGUCACAAAUCACAUCUGUCUUGCAAGAAGACAAGGGCAGAAGCUUCCGCCCCAUUAUGGUCGCGAUUUGUCAUGCUGUUAGGCCUAAAGGGGAGCCGCUUGCCAUGCUGAACAACUAGACCCAUACGCCCCUACCUAGCCUGGGGAUCUGGCCGCCAUGCCUCUCUGCAAUACAAAGCUGAUUUGUGGCCACAAAUCAGCAUCACAAGUGUCCGCUUUGAUAUGGGGAGGGGGGAUUUUUCCUUUUGAUAGCCAGGCCACGCAGUUUCUGCAGCAGCAACUCGCCGCCGCUUUGGCCGGCCAACCGUACGACUACCAAUUGCAAAAAUGUCUGGGUCUGGAAGAAUGCCAGGCUUGUCAUGCAGGUUUUCCAUGACCCGUGAGGUCUGGUAUGCAGGACAUAGCAUGACAGAUUCUGUGAGAGUUCUAUCAUGCCUAUCCUGCAUGUGAAACUGCCUCGCGAUUAGGUCAAAAGUGGACAGCUUUUCGUAAUCAUGCAAAACAGAUUUUUACAUGAUUCAGAUUUAGCAUGACAAGUUACAACAUCCUUUCCAGACCCAGACAUUUUUGCAAUCCAUAACGACGAGCGCGGCAGCAAAGCGAGUGGAAACAGCACCGGCUCGAAAGCCUCGGCAGCCAGGAUGGACGCCCCCCCGUCCGCCAUGAUGGCUUCCUACAUGAGUGGAGCCACCACCAGCACGGACCACAAGUCGUCUUCAACGAAAAGCAAAUCCCAUUCCGGGCAGUCAAGCGGCCAGUCGCCGAAGAUGUCCCCAAAAAUUAUCGGGAAGAAGGGGAGGAAAGCACAGCCCGCCGACCUCGAGAUCACGGUGACCUAUCUGACGGACAAAAACGGAAAUCAACAAAGGGCGUUUCUCGACCAGAACGGCAUGGUAUUUAGUACUUCUUGUUCACUAGGAUGAUAGAUGAUUUAUUCACAGUUCUUCUGGACAAUAUUAGUUGUACAGCAUAAAAAAUUGUACAUCCACAACAUGAUGGUGUGCAGCAGGACCAAAUUCGUCCAGGCACAGUAGGAGUAAGUUGAGCUGCAAUAAAGAGAUGCUGAAUUAUUAACGGAAUUCGAAUUUUGUCAUGCAAAAUUAUAACACCGCUUCAACAAAAUCUUUCCACCCAAAGGUUCUCGACGACUCCCACGGUGUGUGCUCGGACAUUUUCGACGCGCAAGCCGAGGGUACCGCGACCUGCAAACUGUGGAAGUCCUCCAUUUCGAAGAACAACAUGCUCUUGGAAGUGUGGCGGGACCAGGACGGGAACGUUUUUCACGACGCGGGCGGCAGUUUAGACUUGAUUUUCGAGGCCUGCCAGCAGGUGCAGGGGCAAGCGAAGAAGCGGCAAAGCCCGCAUAACUCCCAGCAAAGCACCACCAGCACCACCGGGCACUAUUCCGUGUCCACGCACCGAGGAAGCGGAAACACGGCUUCGGCGGUAUUUUAUUGCAGCUUGACCUGAAAUAAAUUUUGCUUCGACUUAUUUCGCGUGAUAUGAAAAUUUUUGAGUCUCCACUUAAAACCUCUAUUGCGGUCGUUGUUCCGCAUAGAGAAUGAAUCAAAUACAAAUUAUGAUAAAACUUCACCCAGGAAUACUCCUCCACUUCGCGCGGCAAGGGGUCCAAUCCGAGUCGCAGCUCGCACACUUCGGUGCAGUCCCUGCAGUCCGCGGCCCAGAAUGCUGCCAACCAGGCCUACGGUGCCUACCCCUCGAUCCCCGCGACAAGCAGUGGCAUGGACGACGGCUACGGAAACUACGUUCAGCCCCCCGCGAUGUACUUUGAUCCGUAUUUGAACGCCUAUGUGAUGCAGCAGCCCAUGAUCCCCAACCCCUACGGCGGGAUGAUGGCGGCGCCCCAGGGCUACCCGGGCUCCAUGCCGCAGUCCGGCAUGCAGCAAAUGGGGUCGCUCGCCAGCUCGGCCAUGGUUGGUGGGCCGCCCGGCAUGCUGGUGGCAGACCCGAGUUACAGCGGAACGCAGUCCGCACAGCACGGCGGGUUUCCGCCCCCGCCCAGCGAGAUCUCCGGCACGACCGGGCACAUGGCGCAGCUCGACGACGUGUCGUUCUCGGCGGCCGGAAACCGCAUGCAGUUCGCGAACUUAAACAACCAAAAGGGCGGGAAGCAGGGAAGAAAUGGUAACGAACCAGGGAGCGUCGCCAGCAACGCGCCAGAGGUAUUAUACUUUGAUUUUUUAUAGUCUUUUUUAGUGCUAUAGUACUUCUACACGACGGAGAUUUUUUGUCAUGCAGAAACGCAAAUGUUGACCACGUAGUCGUACGAAGGUUUGAGUUGUGACUUUUGCUUUAUUAAUACAGAUAUUUACAACUGCACCAGAAAUAAAGAAAUCACAUGAUCACCGCUACAAACUACUCUAUUCUACAGACGAUGAACCAGCGUCGCGGCUCGUUGUACAAGGCACUGUCCGCCGCGAAUCGCUUCAAGCCCCAGGGCCGGGAAAGCAACAACAAAAAGUCCGACAAUUCGACCUCCAACACCCCGGGCAACUCCACGUCCGGCUCCAGCCGCCUGCGCAACUCGCCCAAGUACCGCCGCGCGAAGAUCCGCGAGGAACCGCCAGACCCGGCGCGCCAGGCGGAGAUCACGGCGAUGCACAAGGACGCGUACGAACGCGCCAGCCAGGGCGCGGAAGCGGAGGGCGUGACCAUGAUGCUGAAGAACAUUCCGAACAAGUACACGCGGGAGAUGCUGGUGCGAAGGUUAGAGGAGGACUACAAGGGCUCCAUGAAUUUCCUCUACAUGCCCAUCGACUUCGUCACGGAGUGCAACGUGGGCUACUGCUUCAUCAACUUUCGAACGCAGGCCCAGGCGGACUCCUUCAAAGUGUCCUACAACGGCUGGCACACGAAGAAAGUGCUACCGGGAUACAACUCAAGUAUAGGAUUGUAUUUGUGCUGCUGUUUGUGCAGCCAUAGAUAUUUCAGUAUUUGUAUCUCGGCAUAAAACUUCCCUGAAAAUAAAAUGCGCAUGAAGGCAACUUACCACAGAAUUUGAAAAUGCAUGAACCCACUUUUCAGACAAAAUUGCGGAAGUGUCCCCGGCAGCCGUCCAGGGCCUGUACCUGAACCUCGAGCGGUUGAAGCGGUCCCCGCUGCUUCCCAUGUUGAAAGCCAACGAAGCGUGGCAGCCUUUGUAUGAGAGUGCACAACUUCCCCUCCUCAACAUUUGUAUAGCAUGAACGGCAAUACAAGCACCAGCAAGAAUGCCGGUUUUGCAUCACAAAUAUGCAUUGGAUUGUCGUGCUAUUUGGGCUACCAGAACUUGUCAUGCAAAAAGUGCCAAGAGGCAAACGGUGGAUUGGGUAUUUUGCAUGACAAAUGAGGGGGAGGGGGAAUUGUGCACUGUCAUACUUUGCUGUUCGACGUGAUCGGAAACGUCUUCCCGUUUCCUUGUGAAACGGACAAGCAUUGGGCCAAGCGACCGGGCGACGAGCAAGGCGCAGCCGGCGGAAGUGGUGGUAAGAAAAAUAUAUAGUAGUUGAAUAAAUGUACUUUUUUGAUAGAUUAUCAACUUUUUGUCAUGCAUGGCUUGCAUUAUAGUACGACUACGAAUAGCCAAGCUUUUGUCAUGCGAAAAAAAGCAACGUAAACAUAUCUUGCACGACGACCCACCUUUAGAAGACAACUAUUUCUUAUACAACUUCUCCCCCUACCUCUGAUUGCUUUUUAGAUAUUAACAAACGGGACCACGCACAACCUCCGCACGCGAGCGCUUCUUCGAGCAGACAGCAGAAUAAAUCUGGAGCACCACCAGGAGCUAUCGGCGGUAUGAAUCCACGGGACGCGACGCACUCAUCCACACUGCAUUCCUACCCAACGUCGCACAAGCCGACCCGACCCUCCGCCGCCUUGGCGGCUUUGCGAGUGAGCUCUAGUUGUAGUACAACGACACAGCAGCUAAACCAGAGCUUAUCCGGGGUGGGAAGCAGUGCUAGCGUAUCGGGAACAAAUAAGUCAUCUCGCAGCUUAUCAGGUGCGACGCAGCAGCAGCAGCAGCAGACGAAUGCCUUUCUGCAAAAUAGUAACGCGAGUAAAAGUAACGCUGCUACGACCAACGUGCUCAUGGCCUCCCCGAGUUUGCACAGCACGCUAAAUAACUCCAUUUCCAGUCUCGCUAGCAUCAACCUGUCCGGCGGCACGCUCGCGCAGCGCCGGGCCGCGCAAGAGAAGCUGGUCGGCGUGCAGAAGGAAAUUGGGAAGGUGCUGGCCGCCGCGAAUCAACAGAACGGGCUCUUGCUCGGAAUCAAUAACCCAAAUUUACGACCCACGGGCGGGACUGGAGCAACAACUACGGUGCAGCAGCAUCAUGCAAAUAGUACCUCUUCCUCCAGUGGAGGAAUAAAUCAUAUCAACGCGGGAACAACUAUCGUCGGGACGACCACGACAGCAGCUGCAACUCCCAGCGCGAAGUUUGACUACCUUUUGUUGCAGGAACAGCAACAGAAGCCGAGCGGCACGACGUCCAACACGACCCCGUCGAGCAGCAAAAGCGGCGCGAAGCAAAGCAACUCUGGGAAAAACCACAACGCAAACAAGGACCAGUCUCAUCUUUCUGGCGGCCUAAAAGGUAGUAGUUCUUUGAACGGAGCUGUCGUGUCUACAACUUCCCAUGCGCCGAAUAGUAGCCAGGGUAGUAGUACUUUUUCAAAUCUGGCAGGGUGCGGCAAGGCGAAUCUGAACACCUAUUGUUCCGACAUUGUCCGUAUGAAAUGUAAAAAUGUCUGGGUCUGGAAACUUGUGAUGCUGGGUGGCGUCUCAUGAUGAGGCCACAAAUGCUGGCUCAGCAUGACAAGUUUCUGGGUUUCUAGGUGUUGCCUAUUCUGCAUGACAAACUGCGUUCCUGCAUCACAGAAAAAUGGAGCUCUUGGGUAACGUGCAUGACAGAUUCAAGACUCAUGCCAGACAAGCAUGACAAACAUGCAUUCUUCCAGACCCAGACAUUUUUGCACUUGAUAGUCCGAGACACAACUGCGAUGGAACGGGAAAUUCUUCUCCAAAGGACGAUGAAGGACCGACUACGGGUAUGCUGAGUAAAAACGUACCCACACCAGAGUUGUCAUGCAAAUCUGCAUGCUGAAAAUGUUUCUCAUGCGGAGCCCCAUGAGAAGCAUUUUCUAGUCGUCUUUUGCAAUUUGUCAUGCUCCAAUCAGCAUGGUAUGCUAGAUCUGUGAUGCUGCUGAGCUAGCUCAAACAGCACUACACUACGAAUCCAAAUUUGUCAUGCAAAACAGCCAAAACUUGUGGAUUUGUCUAGCCGAUUCCCCAACUUGACUAUGGUGUGGGUACGUUUUUACUCAGGAUAACGGGACGGAAAAAUUAUGGCAGGAAUCCAGCACCAGCAUCACGCCUCUAGUACUUCCGGUGGGGUAAUAUCAAUGUCGAACGCGACAGCACAUUAUCAGCCAAAUUCGGGCGUCGCGAUGAGUGAAACUGGGGAGUUAUACGAAGUGUCGCACAGCACGGGUAGUAGUUCCACCAGCAAGGGGGGAAAUCAUAAAGGCGGUACUGCUCCUUCUUCCUCUAGCUCAACCACAACUACUUCUCAACAAAAUAUUAAGCCGGUUGCGCAAAAAAAAUACCACGUUCUCGAUUCGGCCAAUGGGGCUUUGCCGUUCCUCUCCACCGCGGGUACGCAUUCUUCGUUCACGCUGGAACAGAGUUCUUGUGGCAAGAUGAUGACGACCACGACCCCGACUGUCACCAACCAACACAAGUCCGAAAUUCUUGCAGCUCAUAAUGCGUCGCACUAUCGGCAAACGAGAAUACCGGAGCAGGCCGCAACUUCUACCGUUACAACUAAAGCCGCACACAAUCAUCCCCCGGAGGAGGUGGAGUCCACGGACCCUUUCACCGGCCGAAAAAUGUCCCUGAAAGUCCCGGUCGACCACUCCGGCCGCAAGUACAGCACGAAGGAGGAGGAACUGCGGCUCGCGAUGAACCGAUUACGCCUCGCGGAGCUCACCGCCUGGAAUCCCUUUCGGCCCACGGAACGAGGCACGGCGGAGGCGAACCAGGAAGUGCUAGAUAGUUUGCAGGCGGAGGUGGUGGAGAAAAUGAGGAAGGCAGAAUUAGAACACGAAACGGAGGAAAAUAAAGAGUUCUUCGCGGACGAAGUUCCACCUGUGAGUGCGGAAAUAAAUGAUCUGCAAGUUGUGGACACCCCCGCUGGAGCUCCUGCUCCAGAAGCGCGGAGCGAAGCUAUGGAAGGGGAGCGGCCGCCAGACGGAGAUACUACUCUCCCCUCGCCUGUGGAAGUUGUGGCAGCUCGCGGCACUGCACCAAAUGAUAGGGAAGCGCAAGAUGAAACUCGUAGCCUUCAACAAGAUACAGCUAUCAAGAAGCCUAGUCCUUGUACAGCUGCGCUCAGAAGUAGUGACACCACAACUUCUGAAACCGGUCUUGUCGAAGCGGCAGUGGGUGAGAACGAUGCUGAUGCAGACCAAACCACGAGCACGAUCUUCGCGGAAGUUCUCGCUGCAGAGCCACCUUCGGAUGACGCGGAAGAGACUGUUUUUGUAGACCAACCUGGUGCGAACAAGAUGGCAAUUGUCGCGAGAGAUGAAAAGGACCAGCAAGAAGAGAAGCUGCCUUCUUCUAUCAAAGUGAUCCUCCCGCCGGGUGUGAGCGACGAUUGUGAAAGCACGAAAGCCAGCGUGACCGUGGUGAUGCAAGCGGAGGAGGACACCGAUGCCGAUCUGGGUACAAUUGGCCGGCAAGGCGAGGAAGCAGAGGAGCAUCUUCACGGUGCCGGCAGUUCUUGUGUGCUGGCACAGAACAUCAAACGAGAGUCCGUCGCCGAGCGACAGGACGACGAGGAAGGAAGAAGUAGAAACAACGACUACCAGACAACGUCGAAUAGCAGUAGUUCUUCGUGCAGCGACGACCAGAACUUGAAAGCUACAGUCCGGUCCUCUACUACUUCUUGUCGUGCUGUGGAUAGGAUGAACAUGAACCUCGCAGGAGGAAUUCAUCUUCCCACCUCGGCGGGGGCUUUUUGUGUGACGCCGUGCAGCAAAAAUUUCGAUUGCGAAGAGGACCGGCCAGAGCCGAGAACCGCGUCGCCUGUGGCUGGUAAAAUGACUACUGUGUGCACAUCGUGACGAUUUCUGGAAGUAUUUUUUGGAGAAGAUAAUAUCCGAAGAGGUCCUGACAAGAACUGCGACAAGUCGCGGAAAAGAAGAUGAAGAACAGAUCUAGCUUUAGUACAAGCAGCGGGAGGUUUUUCAAGAACAAGAUCUACUUUUACUUGCGCGGUUCUACUGGAGAGGCAGAUCCGAUACGACACAGAAGACGAAGAAGAUCCCAGAAUCGAUAUAAUACUCAUCUCCAUAUUCUGCCGAAUUUGGCGUCAGCGUGCGUGCGUGGUCCCUAAAAAAACUAUAGAUACAGUAGAAACAUACUUCAUUCGAAACAGAAACCGUAAACGGUACAGCAUAGUACAGGUGGAUGUCACACCAAAGUCGUAAUAUGAUCUAGUUUUCAUCGACUUUGGUACUUUACAAAGGCCAUAAUGCUGGUUGAGAAGAUCCGUAGCAAAAUUUCUAUAUGUAAGCCCACGACGUAAUGGUAUCCAACUUGAUCUACUUCAAGGCUAUAAUGCGAUUUUAUCUCAUCUGUACAUGAUAUUCAUAUUUUACUUUUGUCUCCAUGAAAACAAUUCGUGCUGGUCGAAACAAAAUCGACCUUUUAUUCAACUAACUACUCAGGUUCGCGGGCCAGCAAGAAGGAGGGCCGCACUUCCGGGGCCAUGAACGUCUCUCCUGGGUCGCCCACGGUCGCCCCCAUGUCGCCGGGCAGCGGUCCGCAAAGCAACAUUCCCUACAUGCUUCGUCCGGACGCAAACUUGGUCAGUAGCGGUAACGGCUACGACAUGCAGCUUCCGAGCAUGACCUGGGACAUGGAGAAUGAUAGCACACCAACAAAACCCUCGAACAAGGGUGGAAAUAAACGCGACAAAAACACCAGCGGAAACAAGAAGGGGGAAGGAAAUCAAAAUCAUGCCAAAGGAACAAACAAAGCCGCGAUGAAGCAGCAGCAACAAAUGAUUUCCACGACCAUCAACAGCAGCUACAAUGAGUAUGACAACAACAUGCUGGUUGACAACCCGCCCUCUCCCACUGUCUCGCUCUCCCGCACGAUCAGCAACACGACCGCGGGACGGGAAAACGCAGUGGACUUGUCUCCGGUGUCUCACCUAGUCAACAAGGCGGAACUGUCCCCGAAACAGCAAGCCAUGACAGACACGGUUCGGUUGAACGUGACGAAAAAGCAAAUCGAGUCUUACUUGUUUGGCAAGGAAGAGGCGGAAGACGAGGACCGCGGGAUUUUGCGGAAGGUACUUUAUUGUUACAAACAGCGAUAAAUUUUUAUGUGGAAAUUUGUACUACAAUGCUCUGAAUCAUGCGAGGUGUUGUUGUACUACAAUGCAUUGCAAGAAGAAAUUCUCUCAACAUCGGCGUAGCACACAUGAACAUCACAAGCAAUGCUUCUGCUAUACAUAAAAAACAGCAAAUGGAUGCGGGUGGUUGGGUGCCGAUUGCGAGCCUGAUCAGCAUGAAGAGCAUGUACUACCCGGGGCACGAAUUGAUGCGGGAGUGCAUCCGGCAGUCGCCCAAAUUGGAAAUCAACGAGAUGAAGGACAUAUGCAAUGCAAAAGCAUCGUACUAGUAUAAAUCGCAUUACAAAUUGACCCAGCAUUACAAAUUGAAUUUGUAAUGCGGAUUUGCCUUGAGAAAGAGAUUUGUAAUGCAUAAAUGCAAUUAGUACGACUACGAGUGCGAUACUUUUGUACAGGAUAAGACAAAUUUCGCUGCAAGGACAAGCAGGAGCGGGUCACGUUCAUAUCAAGUGUAAAAAUGUCUGGGUCUGGAAACUUGUGAUGCUGUGUGGCGUCUCAUGAUGAGGCCACAAGUGCUGGCUCAGCAUGACAAGUUUCUGAGCUUCUAGGUGUUGCCUAUUCCGCAUGACAAACUGCGCUUCUGCAUCACAGAAAAAUGGAGCUCUUGGGUAACGUGCAUGACAAAUUUAAGAGUCAUGCCAGACAAGCACGACAAACAUGCAUUCUUCCAGACCCAGACAUGUUUACAGUUGAUAGUUCAUGAAAAAGUACCAGCAAAGUUGA